UCUUUUUACAGAGCAGCAAUACUGUGAGUGUUUAUGGAUACAUUUGCCUAGACCUUUCUGAUAAAGUUUCCUUCGUUUAAACCUAAAAUUCUCCUAUAAAGAUUAGCGUCUAUCUGGGUGGGGAGUCCGGGGUCCACCUGGGCAAAAUAUAGUUUCACCCCAAAUCUUACCCUAAGUGACCUUUAAGCCAGGCUUCCAGUUGUAUGUAUGAUUGUAAAUUGGGCAUUCUGCCUAUAUCCUACCCAAACUGACAUUGAUGCUGAGCCCUCUGCCAGUGCCCCAACCAUUCCCUCAUCGGUGGGUGGAGGCAGCCUCAAAGUUCGGGAACCCCUAUAGCCUGUAACCCUGAGAAAUAAAUGUUUCCUAUGUAUGUACAAGGCAGCCUUCCAGAUCCUGUGCGAGUAGGAAUCCAGAGCCAGAGCUUAGCAGUGACUAUUGCACACUCACUCUCUCUCACACACACUGGAGAGGAAGUAACCAGAGACAUCACACAGCCUCUCUACUAAUGUUCAUAGAUCAUUGCACAGAAGCACAAGGCUGUCAGCAGUGGAAGAGAAAGAAGCAUUUUGCACGUUAAAGGAAAAUACAAACAGUGACCCCUGUCUCCCCCUUCAUAAAGAACAGGACAUUUGGGCCCUUGGUUGUUCCAGGGAAGGCUGAAGGUGAAUCCAUUGCACAGAGCAUAGCAGCUGUUCCAGUGCAGACGGGACGGAUAACUGGGCUCUCUGGGCUUCGUGUGAUUUUGCUUAUUUUGCUAAUCAAUUUUCAUGGAUGGUUUGUGCUACAGAACUGCUCCCGACUUGUUGCCUUUUCUAUCCCCUGCAAGUGGAAGAAGACUGGUUUUAUGUUGAUGCUAAAUGGAUCGAGUGCAGCGGGGAAUGACUCGUUCCUGACUGUACCAUUGAAGCAGCAGCACGGGGGAAAGGGCUGCUUCCCUAGAGCCCUAUUCACUUUCUUAGGCCGUAAAGACUCGUACAACACUUCACUGGGCAGCCUACCGCUGUCUGGAAAUCACUGGGACAAAUCGCUGCCACCUUCUCCGCACUGUUGGGGCCAUAAGGAUUAAAGUGUACAGGCCGGGCAGCCUGCAACAUGUUGGAAGGGGAAGUUCCGAGGCUGUUUGUAGGCAAUACUGUGUGAAUAACCAUGGCAGCACUUCUUUAUCCAGUAGGAACUCCUUCAAGCCCAGACAAUGAGCCCCCAGCUUAUUAAACAGUGAUUUGUGUUCACCAGCCCAGGGGGAUAUAUUUUGCAGCCCAAGUACAAACUGGCAUUUCUGAAAAAUAAAAAGCCUGUGGAAUUGGAUGUUGGUGGUAUUGGCCUUUCUUCCCCUCAGAACAGAAGAGACCCACAGCUUGGAUAUUGAUUUCCCUUGCUAGGGCUUUAUUGCCAGCCUUAGGGAAACCCCACCAAAAAGCAUCCUGCCCCCCCCAACUCGUUCUAGUACAAGAUCUGCAAACCAAGAAAUACACAUGUCAAGUUGCACUGUUGGUUUCUGCUUAUAGGAUUACACACUUUAUUUUGUUUUAUUAAGGAAACCAGGCAUCCAUAUCUGCUUUUCUUUGCUUGAUAUUUUAUCUUUGGCCUUAAUUUAUUAACUACUUUUGCUGUGGAUAGGAGCAAAAUUUUCUGCUUAGUGUGUGUGCAUGUGUGUAGAAGUUUGGUUUGGAGGUCAGCAGAUCUGCAGCUUUUUGUCUCCAACAUGGCGGACUUGGAGGCAGUGCUUGCCGAUGUCAGCUAUCUGAUGGCGAUGGAGAAGAGCAAAUCCACCCCAGCGGCCAGGGCCAGCAAGAAAAUCAUCUUACCUGAGUACAGUAUUCGAAGUGUUAUGCAGAAGUACCUUGAGGAGAGAGGUGAACUUGCCUUUGACAAGAUAUUUAAUCAGAAGAUCGGGUUUCUGCUUUUUAAAGACUUCUGUAUGAAUGAUAUGGAUGAAGGUGUUCCACAGCUUAAAUUUUAUGAAGAGAUAAAAGAAUAUGAAAAGCUGGAUUCUGAAGAAGAUCGCCUUUGUAGAAGUCGACAGAUUUAUGAUACAUAUAUAAUGAAAGAGCUCCUAUCCUGUUCACAUCCAUUCUCUAAGCAAGCUGUAGAUCAUGUUCAAGCCCAUUUAGCUAAGAAACAAGUGCCACCUACAUUAUUUCAGCCAUACAUAGAAGAAAUAUGUGACAGCCUUCGCGGGAUUAUAUUCCAGAAGUUUAUAGAGAGUGACAGGUUUACUAGAUUUUGCCAGUGGAAAAAUGUGGAGCUAAAUAUUCAUUUGACCAUGAAUGACUUCAGUGUUCACCGAAUAAUUGGAAGAGGUGGAUUUGGAGAAGUAUAUGGCUGUCGAAAAGCAGAUACUGGUAAAAUGUAUGCAAUGAAAUGUUUAGACAAGAAAAGAAUCAAGAUGAAACAAGGAGAGACACUGGCCUUAAAUGAAAGAAUCAUGUUAUCCCUGGUCAGCACAGGAGACUGUCCGUUCAUAGUAUGUAUGACGUAUGCAUUUCAUACACCUGAUAAACUCUGCUUUAUCCUGGACCUGAUGAAUGGUGGUGAUUUGCACUAUCACCUCUCACAGCAUGGAGUGUUUUCAGAGAAGGAGAUGAUGUUUUAUGCUGCUGAAAUCAUCCUAGGCUUGGAACACAUGCACCACCGUUUUGUUGUCUACAGAGACUUGAAGCCUGCAAACAUUCUAUUAGACGAGCAUGGUCAUGUGAGGAUAUCAGAUCUGGGUCUUGCAUGUGAUUUUUCCAAGAAGAAACCACAUGCUAGUGUAGGAACACAUGGGUACAUGGCUCCAGAGGUGUUACAGAAGGGAACAGCUUAUGACAGCAGUGCAGAUUGGUUCUCUCUAGGAUGUAUGCUUUUCAAACUUCUCAGAGGUCACAGCCCUUUCAGACAGCACAAAACCAAAGACAAACACGAGAUUGACCGCAUGACACUUACCAUGAAUGUGGAGCUUCCAGAUUCAUUCAGUCCAGAGUUGAAAUCCCUACUGGAGGGCCUUCUGCAACGGGAUGUCAGCAAGAGGCUUGGCUGCCAGGGUGGAGGGGCACAGGAAGUAAAGGAACACCCAUUUUUUAAAGGCAUCGACUGGCAACAGGUGUAUUUACAGAAGUAUCCCCCACCUCUGAUUCCUCCUCGUGGAGAAGUAAAUGCUGCUGACGCUUUUGAUAUUGGGUCAUUUGAUGAAGAGGACACAAAAGGCAUUAAGUUACUUGAUAGUGAUCAAGAACUGUACAAGAACUUCCCUUUGGUGAUAUCGGAGCGCUGGCAACAAGAAGUAGCAGAAACUGUUUACGAAGCAGUCAAUGCUGACACUGAUAAGAUUGAGGCCCGGAAGAGAGCCAAAAACAAGCAGUUGGGCCAUGAAGAAGAUUAUGCACUAGGAAAAGACUGCAUUAUGCACGGCUACAUGCUAAAACUGGGAAAUCCCUUUCUUACUCAAUGGCAGCGACGUUACUUUUACCUCUUUCCAAACAGGCUUGAAUGGAGAGGAGAAGGGGAAUCUCGGCAAAAUUUAUUGACUAUGGAACAGAUAGUAUCUGUGGAGGACACCCAAAUUAAGGACAAGAAGUGCAUCUUGUUGAGGAUCAAGGGGGCAAAGCAGUUUGUCUUGCAGUGUGAGAGCGAUCCAGAAUUUGUACAAUGGAAGAAGGAGCUAACCGAAGCAUUCACAGAAGCACAGAGGCUUUUACGUCGGGCCCCAAAGUUUUUGAACAAUCCCCGAUCAGCAGUUGUAGAGAUAACCAAACCACCGCUCAGUCACAGAAAUAGUAAUGGCCUUUAGGUAGCAAUCCAGGACUAAGCUGUCGUAGGAUAAAUACAGUAUACACCACGUCUAAGGUCCUCAGCAUCAUUAUUAGUUACUUGUAUGGCUCUUAACAGAGAGGUGUACAUAGGAGAAGCUUCGUAAGCCUGUAUUACAUAUUGUUAACUGAAGAUGAGACGCACCACCUGAUGCUUAGAAGAUAUUGUGAACGCUGAGGCAGUGAAGAGAUGAAUUUUCACUAUCCGGAGACUUGAAAGUUGCCAAAUUCAAUGAUUGCCCAUCACCCUCUUGCAUUGAUUUCUUCAGAAGAUGCCCUGUAUGGCUAGCAAGAGUUAAUCUUUGUUUUAUUUUUGGUUUUUUUGGCAUAUGCAAGCACUGGUAUAUGUCAUGUUUUUGCAUUAGCUGAUUUUUCCUUGACUGUCUAAAAUUCCCAUUUCCUGGAUGCUUUUUAAAGGCAGUGCUGUAAGAAUGUUCUUCAGAUGAUCGCUUGUUGCCAUAUUUCCCCAUAUUUUCUUUGUCCUCCCAACUUGCACUGUUGACUUUUUUUUGUUUAUCUGGCAGUGUGAUGAUACCUUUAUGCACUUCAAAGUACUGAUUUUAUCUGUCCUGUGGUUACAACAUGUACAGUAGAUAAUCCAUGGAAACUUGCAAAGCAACAAUAUUCACCCUGUUAUAUGUACUCAGAAAUAUAGUAGCUACCACUGUCUUGCUAUUUAUGAGGAUAGAAAUACAACUGUAGAAUAAUUAUUGGUGAACCAGACUGCAUGGUAGCUUCGUUUAGUGGUCUAUUUUCCAGUCAGCAAAGUUAGCACAAUUAUUUAAGAUAAAAAGCUCAUUCUUCAGACGUUUACAGUAACUAAGAAAAAAAAAAAAAGAUAUCUUUUUUUCCAGGUCAAUUGCACUUAUUUUUAUUUUUAGAGUCUAAUUAAAUCUGCGUUGUAUUCAAGUGAAGAACGGGUGAGAAAGAUAUAUAAUGCCGGUACGCACAGUGCUGUAACUCUGUCUCUGUCCUUCAGUUGUGUAGGUUCCUUUUCAGAUUUCACAAGAUCUCAUGCUCUCUGUUCAGUGUUGGACACUCACAUUGUGUACUCCUCUGCUCAGAGUCGAAAAGUUCACAGGACUAUGGACAUGCACAGCAAAAAUGCGAAUCCAGAUGAAUUUACCAUGGCAUAAUAAGGACAAUCAGUCUGCUUUGUGUAGCUUCCAUGUAUGUACAAUUUAUUAAGCUGGAAGAACUACCCACUGGAAAUUGCAUCUUGAGCUAAUAACCGUGUCUCAUCUUUUUUGCUCUGGCUGCUCUUCACAUUCAGACAAUUUUUUUUUUUUUUACAAUGAAGUGCAAAGUGCCAAUGGACUUGAGAAUAUAUUCCUAUAUUUAACCGAAUCUUAUGAGUGUACCUGUAAAUAUUAUUUAAGAAUUAGCUACUCAGAGGAGAGAAUGAACGCAACAUGACAACCACAGCUGUGUUUGGAAUAGCAUGAGACCUGUUAAAUGUCUUCUAAACAAUUGUUUCUACUUAGUUUGCCUACUGGAGUGGUACUAAGCCUUUCGGUUUUCGUUUGAACCACUUUUAGCUGUACUGUUUUAAAUUCGACAGUCAAAUGUUCACCUUUUAAUAUUUGCGGUGGUUAAAAGGAAAGAUUACACAGAGGUUGUAGGUUGAGUAUCACUGAACUACUGUGAAUUCAUAUCAAUAUUUGUAUUAAAUUCAUAGACAGUGUCUGGCAUGAACAUACAAGCACAUUUUAGAUGUCCCUUUGUAAAGUGAACCAUUUCCCCCUGUAAUUCCUUGUCCAUGUUGCCAUCCUGUAUAACGCUUUAAAAGGAGGUAAAUUAACAAAUAUUUAUGAUAAGACUAUAAAACAAAUGGUUACAAGAUAAAAUAUUUUUUCAGUUGCCAUUGACCAUAUCUGGCACGUGUAUAUUAAUCAUAGCUUUACAAUCUGCUAGGAUAUUUCAAAAUAACUGCUUUUGGUCUACAGCAGAUAUAUUGGCGUGUUCAAUGCACUUUACUCUCAGAUUCACUUUGGAAUAUUAUCCACAUGUUACAGCUCAUCAUUUAAUUUCCAUUUUGUUCUUUUCCUAACGGUGCUUAUGGAUAGUUACUUUGCAGGGGUAUCCUCUAGUCCUUGGGGUAGGUUAAUGACUGUUACUCAGCACUCACAGUACACAAACAGCACAGCAAUAAGAUGCAAUUAUGAGUCACUUAAAUUGCAAUGGUUACCUUAUUUUGCUUAGCAGCUUCUCAUAAACAUCUAAUUUCCAUAUAAUUCAGAGUAUGAAAAAAGCAAAUGUGGAGUUACUAAUAAGGAUUAGCUAUUGUACUCCAUAUUAAAACAUAUGCUGUUCGUUGCCACAGAUCUGUGUCUUAAAACAAUACGAAAUGUGCUGUUUUCUUGUUUUUAAUUCAAAUAUAUGCAAAGUAAUUUGUUUGCAAAGAUAUACAACUUAUAUGCUAUGCUAAAUGGUUUGCUAAAUGUUCUGCAACACCUAAUAAUGUCAUUUACCUAAAAGCUAAUGGUUUUGCUUUUUUAAUUUAGUUGCAACAUAGCAGAACAUAAAAAGAUUAGCUAGAUGAGCAUUGAUAUAGAUGUAAAGGUGAAAUUUAUAAUCACAACUUAGGCUAGGGCCAGAAUGCAAACUUUUUUUUUUUUUUGUGGCAUUUAAAAAAAAAAAAAAGAUUAUUUUAAAGAUGAGGAAUGUAGAGCUCCCAGUUUCCUUUGGCAGCUAUGCUGCAGUGAUGGAAACUAGUAAGUGACAAGUGCAGUGUUAUAAUAUAGAGCUGCCAUUGGUUUCAAAUGGAGCGGAUGCAUGAGUUGUGAUGCCCCCUGCCUUACAUGCCUUGGUCUGCUCUAAAGAAAAAAUAAUAGGUAUAGCACAUAUUAUAUGUAUAUAUAGUAGCCCCAAACAGCUGAGCCUAUUGAAUGCUGGAGCACCAUAAAUUGGACAUUAAUGAUUAUUUUGUAACCAUUUGCUUGUUUACCAUUAUCGGGUUUUCUACAAAUCACUUAUGCUAAUGCCACACGAGCAUUUUAUAUGGUUUUGUAGAGGAGAACCACGCCACUCAAAAUGACUAGGACCGAUGACUGCCAAUUCCCCUUCAUGGAAUGAGAAAGCACCAUCUGUAGCUGGAUUAAUGAGGAUUAGCCGCAAUUACAUGUUACCUACUGGAUAUUAGCCCUGUAGCCCUGUGCUUUUGCCAUUCACAUGAAUGAACAAUUAGUUUUUGAUGUUGUUUGGCUAUGGGUCUUAAUAUGGAUGUAUGCUCUCCAAAGCAAAGCCACAGUUAAAAAUACUAGUCUUGUUACCACAAAACCAAAAUACUAGUCUUGUUACAACAGAACCAAAAUACUAGUCUUGUGAAGUCCUUCCUGUGGAUGGCAGGGCAAAAUGUUUUUGAUGCUCGUCACAUUAGUAGAUUGUAAAGGUUUCACUUGAGUUUAUGUGUGUAUAUAUAUAGAUUUUAUUUUUUUUAACAUUUUUUUUUUGUUUUGCAGCUUUGUUUUCAGCCAUGAGACAUCUUGAUGAUAGACACUUUAUAAUCUAGGAGAUGCCUCAUACCAGAAAAUUGCUACUUGUAAAUGUUAUCCAUUAACAUAUUUCUGCUCCCUCUUGUAGUGACCUUUGCUUGAUAAAUCCAAUCUCACUUCUUCUUACGUGCUAAAUAUCACCUGUCAUUCUUUCAUGCAGAUUUUUAAAUUUAACUUUUUUUUUAGACAUUCUCAUGUUUGAAAUAACAUGCUUUUUUUCAAAUCCAGUUUGUAUGGUUUCUUAUGUAUAUACUACUGAAACAAAUGUGUUGGUUUUUAUGCGGCCAAAUACAUUUUGCUAAAAGCUUGGUCAAUAUUUAGCUUUUUCCCAUGAUAAAUGUGCACAACCUGUUAGGGAUCCCAUCAAAUAUUCUUAGGGUCUUAAAUCACCUGUUGGUGUAGUCAUUUUUAUUCCAAAAUUUAUUUUUGAGUUCUAAUAAAUGACAGAUCUAUUUGGACAAAUAGACAUUACUUUGGGGAUCCUGCCAGUCCUGAAUUGAGCAGUGACAGAAUGGAUUGUCAGCCGGUAUCUGGUAGAUAGGGUAGAAAAUAAGGCCCAGACCUCAAAAUGGCUUCUCGUUCCUACAAUAGUUUUGUUGUUUGUUAAAUUCUCAUAUUGUUGGGAUAUUUAUUUUUUUGGUGUUUUUUUUGCUCUUGUAAUGAGAAGUAUACCCUGCAAUAAAAGAUUGUCCAAAAACUAAGAUUUAGAGACCAUGAGCAACAAUUUUUUUGUUAAAUGACACUGAUUUUCGCUUGUGUAAAGUGCAGGCACUUUUCACACAAAAAAAAUAAAUCAUGUCUUCAUAGCAUAUUGGCAAUACCGUUACAAGCCUUUUAAGAAUAUAGGAUUUUAUUUUUAAAGUAUUCAGUAGAUGUAGAAAAUCUUUAAAACAAUGUAAUGAAAAUCUACAUUAAGUAAAAAAAAUUUAAUUUGUCUUACCAUUCAGUUUCACUAGGAUUUACUCCUUUUCAGUUGGUCAGUGGGGCAAAAAAUAUGCUGCUAAUUAUACACUUGUAUUUUCUUUGCAAAUGGAGUAAAAAGCCACAGCUUGUAAUUAUCUGCUAGAUUUACUGUGAAUUAACAGCUCUGUUGUAAUGUAUGGCCAAUUUAGAUUUAAAUUGUUUGCCGUUUGGUUAUCAAUUAUAUCUACUUGCAGAGCCCUUCAUGAAACAUAUCUAACUGUUUAUUGGUAAGAUAUUCAUCUGUGCAGAAAAUUGCGAUGAAAAUUGAAAUGUAAACACAGUUCCGAAAUCUGCAAAAAAAAAAAAAAAGCAUCUGGAAAGGAAUCCUACAGUAGAUGGACGUUUGUACAUGUUCAUUUUUUUUUUAUCAAGGAAUAACUGCAGUGGGAUUUUGUAUGUUGUGUAGGAAAAAAACCUGCUUUCUUAAGAUACAGUUGUGUAGUGUAACUGAAUGUACUGAGGGAUUGCAUUUUAUAAAUGUGAACACAAUACAAUAUGCUUUUAAUUCCAUAAUCUAUGUACAAUGCUCUGCCAUUUUUAUUUUUUUUGUAACGUUGUCUCCUGAUAAUUCAUGAUGUUCGGUCAUGCAAGGACAGUGCCGAAAAGCCGAAGACCUGCUGCUCACUGUGUACUGUUCUACAACCCUGACCUAAUUAAUGUGGCAGUGAGAAAAGCUUGACUACAGAUCUGUCCCUUUCAAGUGUGAGAAUUUGCUGAUGUGGUUGGGCUGUUUAAAAUUGGGACGGUCUUGGUACAGUCAUAGUGCUUUGCACUUAACACCGUUACCUACUCAUCAAUAUUGCCACCUGCCUAUACCAGUAUCAGUAGUAAUUUGUGUGAAUGAUACCUAUUGGAAAAAAAUAGACUUCUGCACACCCGUAUCCUAUUUGUAGAAGGCAUACUAAAGUAAUGCAUUGUAGUCCAUUUUCUAGUAGUGUAUGUAGGAAACAUAUCUAAGCAGAAUUCUAAAGAAUGUGUCCAUGCCAGAAAUGCAGACUGUUUAUAUUGUCAUGGUGCUGCUUAUGUUGCCAAUCAGUACAGAACUACCCUUCCUCAAUCCUUGCAGCGCUGCAUGGGCUUGCAGGCCUAUUUUACCUACAGCAGUUAUUUCUUUCCUUCCUUCCAAGGGUACAGUGUUUGGCAAGUCCGUUUAAUUGGGUGGGGUAGUUAAAGAAGCAAGACAUGGUUAUUGCCUACUGUAUUUGUUAUCUUUUGACUUAGUAUGUUGGAAGAGUUGAUUAUCCCAGUGUGUGUAUUUGUGUGUGUGUGUGUGUGCAUAUAUAUAUUUAUAAUAUAUACACACACAUUCUCCUAGAGAACAAUGUAGACUUGUUCUGUUGCAUGCUAAAGGAAGGAGGGUCCAUGCAUUGUAUCAUUGCUUCCUGAAUUCCGAUUAGCUGGAAGCUUCUGUGCCCUAAUAGAGCCCCCAAUUUAUUUAACUUGUGCUCAUUGGAAUCAUUCCUGUGUUGUUGUAUCACUCUAUUGCAUAACAAUGUACAUAUUCCAUCCAAUGUCAUGUAGAAACUAUUGUCAUAUAAGAAAAAAAAAAACACAUUGUGCAUAUUCAUUUCUUUUGUUUCAAACAAAUCAUUUUGGACUCGGCUGUAUUUUGGUAAAUGAAGGUAGUUCUGUAGGCAUAGAACAAGAGUUAUAUUUUAACGAGUUCAUUUUAUAUUAUUUAUUAAAUCCAUGCAUUUCUUUGAUGUUGCUGACAUUCCACAUAAUUGUUUUCUUUAUCUGUAUAGUUGGUUAUUUAAGGUGUGCUGGCAUUUUCAUUUUACGUAGAACUAUCAGCUUUAUUCUGUUUUUCAUAAAUAAAUGCCAAUUGAACCCAGAAAA